AAAGCGAAAUGUCAAACUUGUUAUCAGCUGGAAGUGAAUGUUGACAAAUUCUAAUUGUGAAAAUUUCUGUAACUAAGUGAAAUUAUUAAAAAAAUCGUGAUAUUCCCUAUAUUGUUACGCACAAAUUGACUGUUUUCGUGUCGAUAGAGUGUGAUUGCAUUGAAAUACGCCGAAAUCAUGUUCCGCACAUCGAACUUCGACAAAAGUCUGGAAAAUGCUACCAGCAACCUAAUCCUGGAGCCGGAUUGGCAAUCGACGAUGGUUAUUUGCGAUUCCAUCCGCCAGGGUGACGUCACGCCCAAGUACGUGAUGCAGCAGUUGAAGAAAAAGAUGUUCUCCACGAAUCCGCACACGGCCCAUUACGCCCUGCUGGUGCUCGAGAGCAUCGUCAAAAACUGUGGCGCUCCGAUUCAUGACGAAAUCUCCAACAAGGCAAACUGUGAGAUGUUCCAGAAUCUGGUGAACACCACUCAACACGAGGAGGUUCGGACGAAAAUGCUGGAGCUUAUUCAGGCGUGGGCUUGUGCAUUUCGCACGGUCUUCAAGUAUCGGUCCAUUCGGGAUACCAUGAACAUCCUGAAGAGUGAAGGGCACAAAUUCCCCGAGUUGAAGGAAGCGGACGCCAUGUUCACUUCGGAGAAUGCACCAGAAUGGGCAGAUGGCGAUGUUUGUCACCGUUGCCGAGUGGCAUUUUCCUUUACCCAGCGCAAACACCACUGUCGCAACUGUGGCCAGGUGUUUUGCCAGCAAUGCUCGGCGAAGACUAGCACCUUGCCCAAGUUUGGCAUUGAGCGCGAGGUUCGUGUUUGCGACGGGUGUUACCCGCAGCUCCAUCGACAGACUCCGACUUUGACGAAAAAGGCUACCGAGGAGGAGGAUCUGCCAGCUGAGUAUUUAAGCAGUUCCUUGGCUCAGCAAGCGCAGGCGCCUGCCCGCAAGACAGACGAGGAGCUGAGAGAGGAGGAAGAACUUCAACUGGCCUUGGCUUUGAGUCAAUCUGAGGCGGAGACGAAGAAAGCUACCCAAACGCGUAAGACUUUUCAUAAAUCGCCAAGUCCUGAGCCUGUUAAGGUUCAACGUAGCCCAAGCCCGGUUGACGAAACCCCAGCUGAUCCGGAAUUGCAACGUUAUUUGAAUCGUAACUAUUGGGAACAGCGCCAAACGGCUGACUCUCCAGCCUCGCCAUCCGCACCAAGUCCCAUGCCGAGUCCAAUGCCUGUUCAGACGACUUUACUGGUGCCUAAAAUGGGUGCUGAAGAUGGUGAAAUAGAUGAGUUUGCCAGAUCAAUGAAGACCCAAGUGGAGAUUUUCGUCAAUCGGAUGAAGUCAAAUUCAAGUCGUGGACGCAGCUUUUCAACCGAUAGCUCUGUACAAACGUUGUUCAUGAACAUGACUUCAUUGCACGCUCGCCUUUUGACAUUCCUAAAGGACAUGGAUGACAAACGCAUGUGGUACGAACAAUUACAAGACAAACUAACUCAAAUCAAGGACUCUCGUGCUGCUUUGGACGUACUUCGCCAAGAACACCAGGAAAAGCUUCGCAGGAUUGCCGAAGAGCAGGAACGACAAAAGCAACUGCAAAUGGCGCAAAAACUCGAAAUCAUGCGUAAGAAAAAGCAAGAAUAUCUACAGUAUCAACGCCAGCUGGCUUUGCAACGCAUCCAAGAACAAGAACGAGAGAUGGCAUUACGACAAGAGCAACAGAAGGCCCAAUAUCGCAUGGGAACGGCCUUUCCUUUCAUGUCCCCUCCCAAUCAAGGCCAACCACAAGGUUCUCCGGCUCACGUUGGAGUUCCCAACUAUCCCGGAUAUGGUUAUCAACAAAUGCCGGCGGGAGGUACACUUCCCCAUUAUGGCCCUCCCGGAAAUCAACCCGGAAUGCCUUCUCAAAUGGGUCAACAGCUCUUCUCUCCACAACACGGACCACAAUCGUUGCCUGGUAAUGGACAAUUCAUGGGUCCGAACAUGCCGCAAGGCCCUGAUACCAAUGGCACACUUCCACAGCAACCGCCGGCCAAUCAACCGCCCCCUCAACAACAGCAACAAGCUCCACUCCCACCAGGCGCAAUGGGUCCACCCCCCGGCAUGAAUAUGAUGCCCGGCCAAGUUGCUCCACCAGGGAUUGGACCAAUGCCUUCUUCUGGAGUACCCCCCAUGGGAAUGGCUCCCCCGCAGCAACCGCCACAAGGAAUGCCCAUGAAUCCCACUGGAACUUUACCCCCUAACGCCCAUAUGCCGCCACAGCAGAUGCCCCAGGCUGGCGCUCCUGUUUCGGAAGUUCAACAGCAACAACAACAACCCCCGCCACCACAACCGCAAGCUGCAGCACCGGUCACAAUGGCACCAGCUGUUGCUCCGGCCGUGGCUCCAGCAGCAACAACAAAUCCUGCAGCACCGUCGGCCCCCGAGCCGGCCACGGCCGAAUUGAUAAGCUUCGAUUGAACGAGAUCGUAAUUUGAAACACAUUGAAUAACAUUCUAUUUGAGUUACAUUUUAGGCACGCAUAAACAUAUUUAAAAAUCACUGGAUCGAUAUAAAAGAGAGCACGUAAAUGUUAAAAAAAAUACAUUAUUUGUGCACGUUGUCUACAAUUUUGGCGUAAUCGAAAAAAAAAUCAAUAAAUCAAACGUGUGUAAUGGGCUUGUAUUAUUUUAGUUUCGCUUUUCUACAGAUUCAAUAUAUGUAUAACCUUUGCCCUAUAUAUGCAAAUACUUCUUUAAAAUAGGCUCCAACAAAAUGUGACUAACGUUUAAAAACGAUUUAAUACUGCAAAUCUGGUUAAGCAUCUAGGUAGCUGAUUGUAUACCAGCUGACUAUGUUAUUGCAUAAUAAUUGAUUGGUAUGCUCUAUCGAUAAUAUCUAUAACCUUUGCGUAUGUUUCAAUACAUAAUCGUAUAAUAAUAAAUGAUGAAUACAAAAAUGAA